AGCCUCUUCCGGGCGGAGGGGCGGGGUUACGUCACUUCCUGGAGACUGGCUGAAUCCGGAAGUGAUCCCAGAGGAACGAAUUGUGGAUGAGGACUCCGGUGGCCGGCCCAGGUUCGGGACUAUGAGCUGGAUUCCUUUUAAGAUUGGGCAGCCCAAGAAACAGAUUGUGCCCAAAACAGUGGAGAGAGACUUUGAAAGGGAAUACGGAAAACUCCAGCAGCUGGAAGAGCAGACCCGGAGGCUGCAGAAAGACAUGAAGAAGAGCACUGACGCCGACCUGGGUAGGUGGCUUUCCACCUGCACCACUGGCUGGGCAGCCAUGUCAAAAUCUGCUAUGAAGAUAUCCUUGGAUUUACUCUCCAAUCCCCUCUGUGAGCAAGACCAGGACCUUCUGAACAUGGUGACGGCCCUGGACACUGCCAUGAAGCGGUUGGAUGCCUUCAACCAGGAAAAGGUGAACCAAAUUCAGAAGACUGUGAUCGAGCCCUUAAAAAAGUUCGGCAGCGUCUUCCCAAGCCUCAACAUGGCCGUGAAGCGGCGGGAACAGGCCUUGCAGGACUACAGGAGGCUGCAGGCCAAGGUGGAGAAGUACGAGGAAAAGGAGAAGACGGGGCCAGUGCUGGCCAAGCUCCACCAGGCGCGAGAGGAGCUGCGGCCCGUGCGGGAGGACUUUGAAGCCAAGAACAGGCAGCUGCUGGAGGAGAUGCCGCGCUUCUAUGGCAGCCGCCUUGACUACUUCCAGCCCAGCUUUGAGUCCCUCAUCCGAGCGCAGGUGGUGUACUACUCGGAAAUGCACAAGAUCUUUGGAGACCUGACCCAACAGCUUGACCAGCCAGGCCACUCGGACGAGCAGCGGGAACGGGAGAACGAGGCCAAACUCAGUGAGCUCCGGGCCCUCUCCAUUGUUGCUGAUGACUGAAAACCCGUCACUCUCGGAGGACUCCUGUGACACGGUCAGCCUUGCUCGUUCUUGCCCUUCUCAGGGCUAGGGUCCCACUCUUCCCAUGGGCUGGGGACAGAGGUGGCCCUGGUUCACUUGCCGGCCCUUUGCGAAUGAGUAACUCUUCCUGAGCCCAGCAUCAGAAGCCCUAGGCAGGCCACCAUCUCCCCACUCACAGCCCCAGCAGGUAAGCAGUGUAGACAAACCCUUUUUAUUUGGAGAACCGUCCACUGUGCAUCCUGGGUCAUGGCCUGAGCAAGCGGCAGCCCUUCCAAGGGCAUGGCCUUCGUUGGCUCAGUUGGGGUCUUAGCCCUGCAUGCAUGGUGGGGGGCAAAUCUACCUCCAAAGGCCUGCAUCCUGGGGAGCCUACUGGCCCCUUGUUGUCUUUUCACUUCAAAGCUUCUUUUUUCUGGGAGAGGCCCUGAGCCCUGCCAGGGAGAGCUGGUCCUCCAGUCCUGGCAGGCCCUCAGCCAGCUUCCCAGCAAGACAAAAGCUACCCUUGUGGCUUUGGAACCCAGGUCCCAAGUCCCUAGUCCCUGGGGUUCCCAAGUAACAGAACUGUUACCUCGGGAACUCAAACUGUCAGCGCAACGGUCCCAUGUUAAUUCUUAGGCCUCAAAGCAAGAACAGUGGGUUUGUGUCUCACCUGAAUAUUUGGAAUUUUAUUUUUUCAAGUAAAGUUUUCAAUGAAACGUC